GGGUUUCCAGUCAAAGCGUUAUCUUAGAAACCCUAAUCGUAAAAAUCCGACCCCUAUAUAUCGUAAAGUACGCAGAAACCCCAAAACUAACCGAGGUUUUGUGAGGGGGGAGAAAGAGAGAAGUAGAAAACAAAGAAAGAUGCAGAUCUUCGUGAAAACCCUAACGGGGAAGACCAUCACCCUGGAGGUGGAAUCUAGUGACACCAUCGAUAACGUCAAGGCCAAGAUUCAGGACAAGGAAGGGAUUCCGCCGGACCAGCAGAGGUUGAUCUUCGCCGGAAAGCAGCUUGAGGAUGGCCGUACACUCGCCGAUUACAACAUCCAAAAGGAGUCGACAUUGCAUCUUGUUUUGAGGCUUCGUGGUGGAAUUAUUGAGCCAUCUUUGAUGGCAUUGGCCAGGAAAUACAAUCAGGAUAAGAUGAUCUGCCGCAAGUGUUAUGCACGUUUGCACCCUCGUGCUGUCAAUUGCAGGAAAAAGAAGUGCGGGCACAGCAACCAGCUGAGGCCAAAGAAGAAGAUCAAGUAAACUGUUCUGAUUGCAACCAAUUUCAUUAGCGUUUUAGUAUUAUAGGGAAUGUGCUGAAAAGUGUACUGGCAGUUACCUAUUUUUUAAAGAUUUUGUUAUUCGGGUUGAGUGUGUUACCAUCAUUCGUGCUUCAGUUCCAUGUGAUGAGACAUGCUUUAUGAUAAUAAAACAUGUCCACAGCCCACAUUAUCGGAUUCUCAUAUUUUACAA